AUGGGGCAAUUCUUGGCGCACAAGACGCACCGCUGUCUCUCCGUGCUCUCGUUGCUGCUCCUUGCAGCAAUCCUUGCGUCAGGUACUGACCUGGAUCCUCGUGAUCCCACGAACACGGCAGCAGCAUCGCAGCCGCCAGAGGUGACUGGGAAGCAGGAGAAGGACGUGACGCAGCUACAGAUAGGCGUGAAGUUCAAGCCCAAAAAGUGUGGUGCGACAGCUCACCUCAAUGACCGAGUGAAGGUUCACUACAGGGGCUUCUUGACGGACGGCCGGCAGUUUGACAACACACACGACCUGGACAAACCGGUGGAAUUCCGAAUCGGUGCAGGCAGCGUGAUAAAAGGUUGGGAGAACGGCGUGUUGGGCAUGUGCCUGGGGGAGAAGCGCAAGCUCAAGAUCCCGCCGCACCUUGGGUACGGCGACGAAGGCCACGUGUACGGCAUUCCACCGGGCGCGACGAUCAUCUUCGACGUGCAGCUCGUGGGGCUGGAGAUAGCGCGGAAGAAGCGGUCCCGCGCGACGGCUUAA